AUGACAAACCGGCACUUUUUCUUUUUUCCCUCUUCUCACGUCCCGUACCUGAGUCCCGCCGCCCCGCAUCGUCCGUGUGUCCGCUUUCCUGCUGCAUCUGAAAAAGGGUCUGGAACAAAAAAAAGGGAGACGUACUGGGCGAUGCUCAGAAAUGAAGCAACAUAG